UCUCUCAUUUACACUCUUCUUUUCUAUAUAUUCUCUUUUAAACCUUUUUUUGUUUUCUCAAUAUCUUCACUUAUGGCUUUAGCGGCGAAACAAUUAUCGUCACCUUUUGUUAUUUUUCUCAUAUUAUCAAUUUUCUUAGUUGGGCCAUCGUUUUCCGGCACCGAUACUUUCGUUUUCGGCGGCUGUUCGCAGCUGAAAUUCACUUCAGGCUCACAGUACGAGUACAACGUCAACUCGAUACUCACUUCCCUAGUCAACUCAGCCAUGUUCACUUCUUACGACAACUUCACCAUGUCAGCUUCCGGUGGUUGCAGUGCCGUUUACGGGCUGUUCCAAUGCCGUGGUGACCUAAACAACCGUGACUGUAACCGUUGUGUAGCUAAAGCGGUGAGUCAAAUUGGAACUCUUUGCUUUUACUCAACGGGUGGUGUGUUGCAACUCGAAGGGUGUUUAGUUAAAUACGAUAAUGUAACUUUUUUGGGUGUGGAAGAUAAGACCGUGGUAGUGAAGAAAUGUGGACCGUCGUUCUCGUCUUACUCGGACGCUUUGACUCGGCGUGACUCGGUGCUGAGUUACUUGGAAGCGAGUGAUGGGACGUAUAAGCCGUUUCGGAUCAGCGAGUCGGGGAAUUUACAGGGUGUGGCUCAGUGUGUUGGUGAUUUGAGUCCGAGUGAGUGCCAAGAUUGCCUAUCGGAGGCAAUCGGACAGCUGAAAACUGAGUGUGGGGCAGCAAAAUGGGGUGAUUUGUAUUUGGCUAAGUGCUACGUGCGGUUCUCGGAAGGUGGAUACCACUCGCAUGCCGGAAAGAUUGUUUUUGCAGGUAGCUAAAUAAACAAAGGAAACUGACAAUUGUUGUGAGGAAUCCAAAAGAAAACCCUUUGCAUUUGGUCUUCAUUUCUUUUAUCUGUUUAUAUUUAGACAACUAUUGUACUGUCCGGGCGAGAAAAUUUAUUUAGG